AUGAGCAGUUCCAUGACUCUUUCAACCACAUCGACGUUGUCGCAAACCAUCAUUGCUCAGCAGCCCAUUCACAUAGACGUCCAGAUGGACGAGACAGACUCUGGGUAUGCGUCGCUAAACUACCAGCCCCUGGUCUGCCUCCAGUGCGGCAAGUCAUUCAAGAACAAGGCCGAAGAGAAGUGA